AUGCCGGCAUCAUUUGAUGCCCUUUGUUCGUUCUUGGAGCCUUUGUACUACAGGAAGUACGGGCUACCAGGAAAAAACUUGCAUUAUUCUUUUGAUUGGGGGCUUGCGGUCUUACUAACCUACUACGGAAACGGGUGUGGACAAGACGGUGAUGGUAUUGGAGGUGCAGCAGCACAGCUUAAGAUGUCUCGGCCAGUUGCAAGUCGCUACAUCAAGCGGCUGGAAAAACUCUUAUACGGUAUGAUGGACGACGUGAUUUACUUUCCGUCGCCUACUGCAGACGAUGAGUGGGGGGCGUUGGUGGACGGCUUUGCUGGGGAAAAUGCCGAUUUUCCAGAUGUGGCAUGUGUAUUUGAUGGCACUCUAAUACGGACUAGAAGACCCAACGACCAUCAGGGCUUUUACGACAAGAGCGGCAAGCCAUCUUAUAAUUGUUUGGCUGCGAUUGCUUUCCGCUACAAGUUUCGGUACAUUGGCUCAAUGUGGAAUCAGUCUGUGGUACUUGGUGCUCGGGCUCGUGAUAUUUGUCCUCCUGGAGUGAAUUGGCUGGGUGAUGCGGGCUUCAAGCUGUGGCCAUUCCUGAUGACAGCGGAGGUAUGA